AUGGACGAAAUUUAUCCUUUUGUAAUUUGUGUGACAAUAUUUCAUUGCUGUGCAUACUUUUUUGAUACGUUUUUUAAGGUGUAGAGGCCGUCCAGCUGUUGCUCAUCAGUCUUGUUUGAAGCAGUGACCAAAGUUAAAGUUUCUAUCUGAGUAGAAGAGUGACUGAACGACAGAUUGUCGAAGUAAACAGGGAACGUCUCUGUUUAAGACUAUGAUGAAGGAUUACAGUCAGCCUUGGAAGUCUGAACACGCCCCAAAUGUUUCUCAAAUUCAAAAGGCCUAGGAUUGUCUUCAAGGAAACUGUGAUGAAUAACUUACAUAUACCUGGCUGCCAGAACAGACCAGUUGUGCAUUAGGCCUAAUCUGAAUUUGAAUUUAGUUUAUUGCCAUUAUCUUAAAUAAAACUUACUCACUGAAAAGCAAUGGGCAAAAGUAACUAAAACUAUAGUCAUGUAUGCAUCUGCCGUAUCUAAGACUUUUAAACAAUACUGGACUUCAAGUCAAACCUUUUCGACUCCACUGGUACACGACUGUAUUCAACAGACUGAUCCAAAAAUGGGGUUCAACAAGACCUAAGCUUCUUCUAGCCUGGUUCUCUGCUGGGACAUGGAUCGCUAUUGUUCUCAUGCCAAUAGCAGUGAUUUUGUUAACCCGCUCCAUCUACAUACUCCUAAAAGAUUUAGUCCAAGAAGAAAAGUCAGAGUUCACAAGUAUUGCCACACUUCAACCUUUGGUCCCUGGACUCAAUAUCCCAAUAUCGGACCUUGGCUACUACUUGGUGACACUCCUUGUGUGCACAGUAGUUCAUGAGAUGGGACACGCAAUAGCUGCAAUAAGGGAAGACGGUCGCGUGGGUGGAGUUGGCGUGGUGGUGUUUUUAUGUAUCCCAGUCGCCUACGUUUCAUUGGAGAAUUUGGAGCUAUUGACACCUCUGCGCCAGUUGCGUGUCUUGUGUGCCGGAGUGUGGCACAACGCUGUGCUCGCGUUGGCAGCAAUGUGCACUCUACUGGUCACUCCAUGGCUACUACUACCUCUUUAUGACUGGGGAAACGGUGUUCAGAUCCACUCAAUACAAUUGGAUUCACCAGUUUAUGGGAUGGGAGGCUUGAUGGAGAAAGAUCUAGUUACCAAAGUCAACGAGUGUGUUGUCACCGAUUCAUACAGUUGGCAGAACUGCCUCGGUAGAGCUGUGAGGUUGGCGACACCUGGAUACUGCUUGCAAUCAGAGUUUAUUAAAGAGCACGAUGAAUCUGUUCCUGCCAAACAUCUGUCUUUGGGAGUAGUUGAGUGUUGCAACAGCAACGCACCGAGACACUUGUGCUUCGAGUACUUGGAGAUAGGAGACGAGCCGCUACAGUUGCCACAGUUCUCCUGUCUCAAUGCGCGCACUGUCGUUGAACACUCGGCUGCAGUGUGUUAUGAUUCUCACGACUGUCCGGUCACGCUGCAUUGCUUCCGACCGUCGCUGGAGAAUUCUACCAAGCUGGUGACCAUUAGGACCAAGACCGACCGCACGGUGUUGUUCCUUGGACACCCAGCGGAAGUGUUCCACACUGUCAGUGUCAGUGACUACACCAAUCUCUACGCUCUAUUUCCAUCCACAAUUCCCGAGCGAAUACGUACGUUUUGUCAGUACAUUACAUCUUUUUCCAUUGGUAUGGCACUUCUGAACAUCAUUCCGUGUUUUUACUUUGACGGACAACACAUUGUCAGAUCUCUGCUGGAUAUUUAUCUGAUCAGACAUAUCGAACAUGCAAGUGUCAGACAUGCAAUGUCGCUUUGUUUUACUUUCAUCGGGACAUUUAUUUUAAGCUUGUAUUUAAUUCUGGCUUUGUGGUCGUCGUCUAUCAAGUAAAAGGCCUUAGGUGAAUUAUUUAACAGUAGCGUCCAUUUAAACUGUCUAAGACAAAGUGUGACUUAAUUAGUUGGUUUUUUUUUUUUACAAAUGCAUUACAAUUCAUAAGUAGUAAGGUAGUUUUUAAAUGUUCUUAGAACUUUUCUGGACUAUUUUAGUAAAGGUUUACAUUUACGUAGAUUUAGAAAGAUGACCAACAUUGUUACUUUUUUGAUAGGGGAUUUUUCCAUUUGUAGGAAUAAAUUUAGAGAACUAUUAUUAAAUUUAUAUGCUUAAGCAUAUAUGUAUACUAUUUUACCCUUGUCACACAAAGUUCAACAAAUAGGGAGUACUUUUGUUUCAGAUAGGUUAUAGGUUUAGAUGUUUGCAAAUUCCAAUGUUAGUUUUAAUACGUUCAAUAUUUAUUUUUUUCUUAGUAUUCUUUUAACUUGUUUGCUUAUUGUCAACAUCCAUGAUUAUAAUAAUCUGCCUAUUUAGUGCCUGAAACCAUAUUAGUACCAUAAAUUUGAUUUAAUUUGUAGUUCAAGUAAUAGUCUAUUUGUGUGUAAACCUUUCCAACAUUUCAUUUUAAUUGUCAAGUUAAUUCAAAUCCAGCAAAAAUAAUAUUAGUUUUACUCUGUAAUUCUACUUUAGGGAUGUUGCUAGUUAGGCCUAGUGGUUUGGGCUAGGACCUUCCAUCCAGAAAAGCAAGGUUCAAAUCUCACCACUUAUCGGCAGUCUGUCAUGUCAUUUUUACUUAAAACCCUGUCCUUAAGCUAGCUAUAAAUCCAUUAAUAUGAACCAAUUAAUUGUCUGUGUUAAAGAUCUCCCACCUAAAAUUCAAAUUCUUUAAGGAUUGUUUCUUUGACAAGAAGUAACAAGUAGAGUAUAAGAAACUAUUUUCAAAUAUUUCAUUGUACAAUACAAAAACAAGAACUUCAACAACUUCAUCUAUAGUAAUAGCUGUUCGUUGUUUGGUAUAAAAUAAAUAAAUUUGCCAAGUUUUGUCAAAAUUAAUAUAUCCAUAAACAAGCAAACUACAACAUUUGACAAUAUUCUCCAUAAGAAUAAACAUAUUUUAGAAUUUUCUCCGUCACCAAUUAGGCCUACCUGAGAAAAACACUUUGACAUACUAAAUUAUUUUUUUUAUGCUCCUUAAAAAGGUUUAGAGAGAAAUGUGGAAAUUUUGUGUUUUGAGGGUCAAAAAUGAGAAAAACCAAUUUUUACCCCAUAAAACCACCCGUAAAACCCCGUUCUCAUGGUCCGAUCAUGCUGGUUUUUCAAACUCAUUCAAGUUUAUCCCGCCUUAAACCUUUGAACAAAAUUUUGUGAAAAUAUGAAAAACAUUGCUCUAGUUGUCUUGUUCAUGGACAGCAAAGAAUGGAAAUGUAAAGACUGUCGAACCUCUUCGUCCAGCAGUGCUACCUAACCCCAUUUGAACCACGAACAAAAACGCGCUUCACUUCACAAUAAUCAACAUCACGCCUUUAAAUUUAUGAUCAUUAAAACCGUAAUAUGGCGAGAUGAUUGCAUUGUAUUUCAACAAAGGUUAUGAUUGAAAGUUCAAAAUUAAUUUAUCUCAAUUUAUUGAAUAAUAUCAACCAAAUAACCUUUAAAGUAUUUAAAAAUAUACUUUACUGUUUAUUUUGGGUGGGCCCGGCCCACUUGGCCCUUAUGGAAGCGCCGCCACUGGCUGCAAUGGUGGUAAAGUGCAAAGCUAAUACCUUUGCAGCACCUACCUGAACCUUUAUACAGUCUGGUCAUGGGCACUACACUAAGCAUACACACUUGAUGGACGGGUGGGACAUUAUAAUAGCUGCUUUAAUAUGACAUCGUGUGGAGCAAAGCAGGUUGUAGCUGAAUGAAUAAAUGAAUUUAUUUCCCAUAUUACAAAACAUGUUACAAUCAUAAUAAUUGUUAAGAAAUUUAAACUGGUAACUUUUUCAAGUAGUGUGACCAGUUACAAGGUUAAACAUAAAUAUAUAAUAAAUUGUUGAGCAUAGCAUCAUAUAACAAAUAUUUUAUCCGAGUUGGCGAGAUAACCUACAUCCUGUUGAGAACUAAGCCAAGUUAUUGUUCUUUUACAAAAAUGUUUAAAAUUUCUUGUACUUUUAAUAUGAAUCAGAGGUUGAUUGUUAAAUUUUGGAUCCAAGUAUUGAAAUGAAUGCCUGAAAAAAGUUUUGUUUACUUUGAGUAAUUUAAUAGAUUUAUUUGUAAAACCUGUAAUGAUGAUAUGGAAUUAUAUUUUCUCUGUUUCCGCUCCGGAUGAAGAACAAUCUCAGGACUAUAAAAAUAAAAAGAUGUUGAACUGGUAGAAUGCAUAACUGUUGGUAUAAUGGAAAAGAGCUAGUUUGUUUAGGUUUUUUGAGAAUUAUUCACAAGAAAAAUGUUAAGUUGUUCUUAUCUUCUCUAUUAAUGUUUUGUAAGUACCUCCCCGCAAGGCAAAGCAUAUUGUAAUCUCAAGUUUAUCAGUGCGAAAUAAAGUGUUUGUAAAAGUGAGGUGUUGCAAAAAUUUUGAAGAAAUUAGAACUUUCUAAUUUGUGAUCUUAAUUUUGAGUGUAGUUCUAAAAUAUGGUGUUCAAAAGUUAGUUUCUCAUCAAGCAAAACACCCAAGUAUUUAAUCGAUUUAUCUUUUUCUAAAGGUUGGCAGGUACAUAAGUGGAAUUUGCAGGUAAGGGAGUGAAAAAUUAAAGGAAAAGGGGUGUCAAAACCAAAGAAGUCAAAAUUAACAUAUUUUGUCUUACUAACAUUUAUUUGCAUUUUUUUAUAGAGCACCAUUUUCUGAGUAAUAAAACAUCGUAGUUGAUUGAAUCUGCAAGGCAACCAACUAUCGACCGAGGGGUUAUCGUUUUGAGUGUAAUAAACGGUAUCAGCAUUCUGACACAUACUUUCUCCCAUAAAUUUGUCAACAACCUUUAUCAUGUGUAAAGCGGUGAGAGUAAAUAUACGGAAAUGGGAUUUCUACAAUUUUGUUCAGAAUUUAAAGGACCUAUAUACAGGGUGAUUGGUACUCAGUGUGACAAAAAUUUGUUGGUGUAAGUACAAAGUAAAUGAAGUCUGAUGACGCAUAUCACAUGUUCUAAGUCUAAAAAUUAGCUUCCCAAAAAGAAAAAAUUAGUUUAUGUUUUUAAAAAAUAACCAUGCUUUUAAACUUAAUACAGCGAUUUCUCAAUUACCUGUAUAUGGAUUUGAGUAGAUAAUGUAAUUUUUGUGUU